GUCGAAUCUGAUAGGCUCCCAUAGCUAGCUAUCGAAGCUUCCAUUGCAUUGAUCCUCAUUUUUCUUCACUCCUACAUACUUACUCGCCCCUAAAUUCUCAGAAAAAAAAAAGAAAAAGAAACACUGAAAAUACACACCAAAAAUAACUAGGAAAUAACUAGCAGCUGCAACAUUGGGUAUUGUACCUAAAAAUAAAAUAAAAAGGUAGCAAACCCCUUCCAGGGUAGCUUUAGCUUUCGCAUUAGCUUAUCCUAGUUUACCUGCCUGCCUGCCUGCUUAUUAUUGCCUUGCCCAUCUCACCCUCCUUCCUCCCUUCCGUCUACACAGCGAACCACCUAACCUACCUUGCAUAACGUUACCUUACCUACCUCCGAAUGGAGCAACAACAACAACAACAACCACCACCACCACAACCCUCCCCCCAACCCCUCUUCGGCCUCGUCCCCGCCGGCCAACCCCUCAUCACCUCACCCUCCUCCCAACCAACCCCCACCUCCUUCCUCUACGCCAUCCCCCCCUCCAAGCCCUUCGCCCACCUGACCGUCUUCCUCCUCCCGGACGUCGCCCUGCCCCCGGGCGCCGCAGCCGCGAUCUACCUCGCCCCGAACGCCGCGGCGGGGGCCGAGUUCCAGUUCCUCGGGGGCAUCGGGCCGGGGAAGGAGAGCGCCGUGUUCAGGCUCUCGUCCGCCGGCGCCGAGGGCGGCGUCGUGAUAGGCGUCAGCGUCGAGGACGGCGCGUCCGUCGCCGAGCGGAUGAUGCAGCACCAGCAGCAGCAACACCAUCCGGACCCAGCUCCCACCACCAACAACAACACAAGCACGAGUCUCGUGCCGAUGAACCAGACACAGACACAGACACAGGCGAUGUCGACGCAGGUGCUGGCGCAGCGCAUAAUCCAGAACGCCUUCAACUUCCUCGCCGGCUUCAGCGGGAAGGUCGGCGCCGAGGGCGUCGAGGUCGUGCCCCUCAGGGCCUUCCAGGACUGGUGGCGCAAGUUCGAGAACAAGGUCCGGAACGAUCCUACCUUUUUGGAGCGGGGCCAGGAUUAAAAUAAUUAUCUAAGGGGAGGAAAGGAGGGGUUAACGCGACAUGAUGAGGAAGGAGAGUAGGAUAUCUUUUUUUUGGGGGGGUUUUUUUUUUCGCCUUACAUACCUACCCUGGAAAACUUGUAGGGGGUUGGCGGGCGAUAUGCUGAUUGGGAGAAGGAAUGGAGGAAAUAUUCUCUCGAUGGGAAUAGGAAAAAAAAGGGGGGGAAAGGGGAAAAAGGGGAAAAGGGGGAGUGAUACGAUGAUCGGAUGAGCAGAUGAUCAACAACCUCGAUGAGACCCGCAGAUGUGAAAAGGAAGGGGAAUCAACACACGAACCGAAAUCUGGCGUCUGCCCCCCCCCCAUUCUCCCCCUUCCUCCCCUUGAAGAAAAAAAACCCCCAAAACAAAAACAAAACACUACUAGGCACGGUUGGGUGUAUAUGGAGGACGAUUGAACAUACAUGGCAUGAUACUGUACAUACCUAUUAGCAUCUGGGUAAUACGCAUUCUCAUACAAACUUCCACAGCUCUAGACACCUACACACACACACACACACAGAACAGCCA